UGGUCUUUUGGCUUAUUUUAUGUUCUACAGCUGUCCAAGAAAUAUGGCUCGGUGUUCACAGUUCACAUUGGACCCAGAAAAGUGGUCGUUCGCGCAGGAUACAAGACAGUCAAGCAAGCACUGGUCAACCAUGCAGAGGAGUUUGGGGACAGGGGCAUCAAUCAUUUGUUUAGUGAAUUAUUAAACAAAGGACACAGUAUUGUAUUUGCCAAUGGAGAUUCAUGGAAAGAGAUGAGACGCUUUGCCCUGACAAACCUUAGGGACUUUGGCAUGGGCAAGAAAGCGAGGCCUUGGUAAAGGACAGGAAGAACCUGCCCUACACUGAUGCAGUGAUCCAUUGCUUUGCAAAGUGCUUUGCAACGUCUGGUAAGGACAUUAUUCAGUUGUACAUGUACAUACAUGUCUACCUUGGUAACCUCAUUGCUGCUAUCCCUGCCUUUCAGUUGCAUGCCUCCUUGCAAUUUGAAUUAGCCUUCAUUGUACAUUUAGACUUGACAUUUGUACUUGCCAUUUGCCUUCAAUGCACAUUUACACAUCCCACUUAAUAACAUACAUUGUACUUACUUGUUUCACUUGUACAUUUUGUUGUGCUCUUUUAUUUGCACUUCUGGUCAGAUGCUAAGUACAUUACGUUGUAUUGUACUUGUUCAAUGAGAGCCAAGUUGAAUCUAAUCUAAUCUAAUGAGACCCAUAGACUUGCCAACAUUGUACCCAUGUCCAUCCCUCACACCACCAGCCGAGACGUCAUCUUCCAAGGCAAUACUGAAUCGUUGACCAUAACGGUUCCCUUUUGAUGUUAUAUGUUAUAAGAGUUUGCAUUUUUUUUAAAUUGUUAUUGCAGAUUGAUACAGUGUUUUUUGAAUAACAUAUGUGAAUGAGCUGUAAGUCACUUUGGAUAAAAGCAUCUGCUAAAUGGCAUAUAUUACCUCCAUCAAGUUCUAGAUAUGUAUGCUGUUUGAUUUAAAAUCUAAUCUAAUUUUAUUUGUCACUUGCAUAGAAUGCAAGAGGUUUGCAUUUUUAGACCUUAACAUGAAUGGCUUUCUUACAAGCCCUUAACCAAGUAAUUUUUUUAUUAAAGUAAGACAACAAAAAUAAGAAGAAUGGGACUAUAUAAAGGGGGUACCGGUACCGAGUCAAUGUGCGGGGGUACCGGUUAGUCAAGGUAAUUUGUACAUGUAGGUAGGGAUGAGUAAGGUAAGUGACUACGCAUAGAUAAUAACCAGUGAGUUGCAGCGGUGUAAAGACAGCAGUCUUAUUGGUGGUAGAAGCUGUUAAGCAGCCUUUUAGGACCUAGACUUGCCAUGUGGUAUUAGAGAGAACAGUCAAUGACUUAGGUGACUGAAGUCUUUGACAAUUUUUUGGGGCCUUCCUCUGACACCACCUAGUAUA